AUGGCUUCUGAAAAGGCACGAACUGUUGUCCCCCUGAGCGAUGCCACCAAAGUUGAGAAACUCGACUCGCAUACAUAUCUGAUCAACCUUGACAAAACGUACUGCAUUGGCGCUGUCCCUAAUGGCGGCUACACAGCCUCGUGCAUACUCUCGGCUGCUCGCGCCCACUUGGAAUCGCGCGACCAACCCGAUGCACUGGCCGCGCACUUUGAGUUCCCAAGGCGGACUACCGCUGGGCCAGCCAUCAUCACGAUUGAGGAAGUGAAGCUGGGUGCCCAGCUGUCCACUCUCCAUCUCACCCUCUGGCAGGACGGACUGAUCCAACAGGCACCAUGGACUACCGCCAAUGUCUCUCGCCGUUGCGUACUCGCCUAUGCAACCCAGAUGAACCAGCGGACCUACACUGGCAUGUCGAUACCAACUGGCUAUGAAUCAUCUCCAGACGCUGCUCUGCCAUCUCCGGCACCUGACUUUACUAGUUUCAAGACGAAACAUGGUGAUGAUGGCUGGGAAGAACAGGAGAUGCCUACCUCGCAGCUCCUGCAGUCGCUUCAGAAAUGGCGCUUCUACCACCCGCGAGGUGGCCGUCCGUUGACGCCUGGAGUUAUGGACCUGUGGAUGUGCUUGGCGAGCGGUGAACGUAUUAUGCAACUCGCACUCCCGUACGUGGGUAAGUGUGUUCCGGACUCCGUGGUCUCUUGGAGGCCAUGCCAGACCCCGGAGGCGACGACCAAAAAGCCAGAGAGAGAGGAGAAGGGGGGCCGGGACCACCCGCGCGAUGGCCUGUGGUUCCCGACCGUAUCGAUGAACCUUGAAGUGAAGAUGGCGCUGCCUGAGGACGGAGUGGAGUGGUUGAAUAUGCGAGUCACGUCCAAACAGAUGAAGGAUGGGAGAUUUGACCUCGAUGUUCUCGUCAGGGAUGUGGAUGGUCAAUUAGUGGCUCUAGGUCACCAAGUGGCCUUGAUCUCGACUAUGGAGAAGAACAGGAACAAGGAGGCAACCUCAGCCAAGGCAUCUUUGUGA